AUGCCAAUGUAUGUUCCAGUAAAAGACAUUGGCCCGCUUGAUAGGGAGAAAGCAAUAAGAGUGAAGUCUGUUAGAUGCUACGAAAUAGCCGAGAACAGAGGGUCCACCGAGAUCAAGAGUCGAGAAGUUUUGGUCUGUGAUAAAGAGAAAUAUAAGAAUGUGUUCAUAGAAGGGAAGCUCUAUUCUGUAAAAAACUUUUUGGUUUUCACCCACUAUUAUACUUUCAAAACUUGUGAUCACGAAUAUAUGAUUAGGUUAAACUAUAAGACUCAAGUAAAGGCCAUCAAAUCGAAAGGUUUUCCUAAUAAGAUGUUUCAACUCAAAAACUAUGACUCUUUGAAAGACCCUACUCAAGUGAAUGACAAGGUGUUGUUUGAUUUAAUAGGCAGGGUUGUCGAGAUCCAUGCUCCUGUGGACAAAAUAAUAGGAGGCAGACCAGCAAAACUUCUUGAUUUCAAAAUGGCUGAUAAUCAGGGAAAUACAUUACCGUGCACUGUUUGGGACAGUCAUGUUGCUUUUAUGGUACCAUAUUAUGAUUCUGGUCUUCAAGAACCCCUAAUUUUGGUUCUUCAACUUUGUCGGGCAAAAGUGGUGAAUGGUGAAAUCAGAAUUACUAGCUGCUAUGAUGCUACCCAACUUCAUUUGAAUGGACCUUAUCAGGAAUUUGCUGAUUUUAAAUCUCAGUAA